ACGUGCAGUGCAGGCUGCAACUAAGCCGAACAAAUCAACCAACCAACCCCCACCGGUCCACCCUGCUUGUCAUCUGUCGCGCCCCACACUAGUCGUGGCGGAGCUUGGCGGCGCCCUCUGACCACUCCUUUUUCCUAGUCUUCGACCGGCGGCCGCCUCCCCUCCCCCAAGUCGCCGCCGCCAUGGCCAUGAAGGGACCCGGCCUCUUCCCCGACAUUGGCAAGAAGGCAAAGGAUCUGCUCACGAGGGACUACACCUACGACCAGAAGCUGACCUUCUCCACCGUCAGCGCCUCCGGAGUGGGUCUCACUUCCACAGCUGUGAAGAAAGGAGGACUUUAUUCUCUUGAUGUCAGCUCAGUUUACAAAUACAAGAAUACUCUCGUUAAUGUUAAAGUGGACACAGAAUCAAAUAUCUCUACUACCUUGACUAUUUUGGAGGUCCUGCCCUCCACGAAGCUUGUGACGUCUGUCAAGCUGCCCGACUACAAUUCUGGAAAGGUGGAGGUGCAAUACUUCCAUGAGAAUGCAAGUUUUGCUACUGCUGUUGGCGUGAAGCCCUCUCCUGUGGUUGAACUUUCUGGGACAGUAGGUGCUCAAGGAGUUGCGUUUGGUGCAGAAGCUGGGUAUGACACUGCUACAGGAAAAUUUACUAAGUACAGUGCUGCAAUUGGUGUAACCAAGCCAGACUACCAUGCUGCAUUCAUUCUGGCUGACAAAGGUGACACGAUUAAAGUGUCAGGUCUUUAUCACCUUGAUGAGAAGCAGAAGGCCUCAGCUGUGGCUGAACUAACCCGCAAGCUCUCAACAAAUGAGAACACACUCACUGUCGGUGGCCUAUACAUGGUUGAUCCUCAGACAUCCGUGAAGGCAAGGCUCAACAACACUGGAACGCUUGCAGCUCUUCUUCAGCAUGAGGUUAAACCCAAGUCGAUUUUGACAGUCUCUGGUGAAUUCGACACCAAGGCCUUGGACAGACCCCCCAAGUUUGGCCUGGCACUUGCACUCAAGCCCUGAUCAGAUCAUCCGCGGUUGAUUGCUGGUGAAUUUUGAAUUCUUUGGUUGUUUUGCAAAGCUAUAGCCAAUAAUUUGUUCCACGGACCUGUUCUGUUAAUCUGGCAAAGUUUGGUGCUCUGUGGGCAGGAUCCGGAUGGGUCGUCUACAGGAUUUUACCCAUUCUGCUUUUGUUGAUGAAAGCAUCUAGUCAUUGAUAAAUGUGCGUUGCUUGUUUCUAUAGCGUUAAACUCUCUUACAGUGAGUGGCCAUCACGGUUAUCUUUUUCAUGCAGAAACUACAUGAGAUUUACCACUUGUUUGGAGCUCAUUUAUUCUGUAUGUCAGUUGUUUUUCGCUGA